AGGCGGUAGUUCCUCCUCUUCGAGAACGCAGGCGUGGCCACACACAGCCAUUAAGGGAAGCGGCAAGCAUGUCUGCGAGUGGCGGCGCCCGUGGCAAGAAGCGGGAAAACAUGCCCGCGGACACUCAGCGGCGGGAAACGGGUCGGCGGCAUGUCCCCAAGGCGAAGAGGCUUCGUUCGGAAGAAGCAUCAGCAAGCCUGCCUCUUCGGCGAGAGCGAUAUUGGGCUACAGCUAACGAGGAGGAGGAGGACGACGUGUUUAUGACAGAGGAAGAAGCAGCAGAGGACACCGUGUUGGCACCUCGGGGAAGCACACUUCAAAGGCCACCUCAGGGUGGCCUGCUGUCCACGCCGUCUUGGCCACGUCUGCACAACACGGCUGCAGAGGGAGGCCCCAUGGAACGCGGCGGAGGUGAGGGGGCCCAGCAACAAGCGCGCGUGGCGAGUGGGGGGGAGGUCGCUGGUGCAGCCGCUGGGUCUUUGGGCAUUGUUGCUGCCGUGGCGAGAGCGAGAGAGGAGGUCCCUGUUGUGGAGCGGGAGGUGCCACGCGGCGACAACAAGGGUGAUAGGGAGGAUGAGGACCCCCUUUUAAGCCGGGUUCGGAGGGGAGGGAUGGCGAAAGAUCUCGCCGAGCGUGCCCGGCUGUGGGUUGAUGACAAAGCGUUUUGGAUGACGGGGGGGGGCAGAAGACUGUACAACAUCGUCCACGAAAAGUGGGAGUACUUUGUCGCCAUCGCCAGCGGGCUGCAAGCGCCCGCCGUCCCCCGGAGCAUCGUCAUGCCAAAAUCCGCCACGAGCCUGACAAGGAUUGCAGAUCCCGCACAACUGCAGCAGGCGAUCUCCCGUGCGACGGCAGCGGAGAACAUUGCUCUACGCGUCUUGCACGGAUGGGACUUCAAGUCCGGGAACCGCCCUCGAGGAUACAAUCUCGCUUUCCAGUACGUGUUGGAGUCGGUGGCGACGGACAUUGCGCGUGCCAUGUGGUACGACGAGGAGUGGAGCAACGUCGUGAGUGUGAUCGUUUGCGCGCACACAAUCAACCUGAACAUGGACUUGCCACUGUGGUUUGCGGGCCCGAACAUCGAGGAUAGGACGGAGGACGACGACAUGGCGGCGCACCAGGAGUCGACCGUUGUAUGCAUCGCGCAUGCAUUUCGCGCCGCGGUGCAAAUGGGUGGCAACAUCGACGGCGGGUUUAUCUCACACGACCGUCUCUCAAGGAUUGCAGAUUGCUUCAGGCUUUUGUUGGCAGCCAGCAUGUGGUUGAUGCGCAUGGCGGAAGAUGAUCCGUGCAGCCACUAUGAAGCCUUCUACUUCGCGAAGCUGGUCGCAAAGCCCACGCUCGUCUCGUCCAUGCAUCGCUCGUUCGAUCAUAGACGGUCCGUCAUCUGAGCCACCAACGCCGUCACGGAGAGACAGGGGAAUGCGAACGCCACCUU